AUGGGCUUUCUUGAGGACGUCUCUGAACUCUGCGACUGCCAUGGCAUUCGCAGCCACAAGAAAUUCAAAAAAAUUAAGCAAUUACAGACGGUGGAGAUUAAGAUCAAGAUGGACUGUGAAGGGUGUGAGCGAAGAGUGAAGAAAUCAGUGGAAGGCAUGAAAGAGGUGACACAAGUGGAGGUGGAGCCCAAGCAAAGCAAAUUGAUGGUGAUUGGGUACGUGGACCCCGACAAGGUGCUGGAACGCGUAAGACAUCGGACGGGAAAGAAGGCGGAGUUCUGGCCUUAUGUACCGUAUGAUGUAGUGCCUCAUCCGUACGCGCCAGGCGCGUAUGAUAAGAAGGCACCACCUGGGUACGUGCGAAACGUGCUGGAGGACCCCGAAGCCUUUGCUCUCGCACGUGCUAGCUCUUUCGAAGUCAAGUACACCACUGCGUUUAGUGACGAGAACCCUGCUGCUUGUGUGGUUAUGUAA